AUGGUUUUAUCAGCGUCUGUAAUAGCUUGUACGUUGACAUUGGCCAGUGUGGCCAUAGGAGAGCAGGACAAGGGCCAAGAUAACAAAAUUUCGCAGCUAUUUGGGACCUGGUCUAGCAAGUCUAACACAGUAUUCACGGGCCCAGGAUUCUUCAACCCUUCUGCCGAACUUCUUAUAGAGCCCAGUUUACCUGGUAUAUCCUAUUCGUUUGACAAAAAUGGGAACUGGGAACAGGCCAUAUACCAAGUGGCUGGGAACCCUCGCAACCAUUCUUGUCCUACUGCUCAUUUAAUCUGGCAGCACGGUAAAUACGAAUACAAUCCUAAGAAGGGAUCAAUAACAUUAAGACCAUACAAAGUUGAUGGGAGACAGUUGUUCAGUGAUCCCUGCAACGAUGGAGGAGAAUCCACCUAUAUGAGAUACCACCAAGUAGAGGAAAUAUCCCAUUUUGAUGUCGAUGUCGAUUCCUACUACCACGGGAAGUUGAAGCUACAAUUGUACAACUACGAUGGUACCAAGAAACAACCAAUGUGGCUUACUUACCGACCACCGAUGAUGUUACCAACAAGAGUUCUUAAUCCAACCACAGAAAAACAGGCGAAAGAUAGCAACUCAGACUUGAUGAAAUCCAAAAGGGAAAACAAGAAUCUGGAAGAUUACAGUUUUCUUCAAAACAAUUACAUUGUAGUAUCAAAAGCUUUUGGCUAUAUCAAACUUAAGUUCAAGUGCCUCUUCCGGGCUUGA